AUGGACUGGAAGUUUAAGGAAAAUAAUUUAAAUAAAUUAAAUAAAAAUGGAUAUGGUGAAAAGAAUUAUAUAAAAGAAACGAAUACUAUAACUAAUGAAAAACCUCCCGAUUACUCGAGUGAUGAUGAUAAGGUUUGCUCUAAGGAUUCAGUUAAAAAGAAUAUUAAGUAUUAUCUACAAAAUACUACUCUACAUGGUCUAAAAUAUAUAGCUGAGGAUGAAAUCACCAUACCGGAAAGAGUUUUCUUUGGUUUGGCUUUUGUUGGUGUGGUUAUAUUAUCGGCGAUUUUUAUUUCAAAUGUCUAUGGCAAAUGGACUGCUUCACCUAUAAUAAUUUCCACAAGCGCUAAACAGACCUCGAGCACUGAAGUACCCUUUCCGGCCAUAACGAUUUGUAAUCUAAAUCAGGCUCAGAAAAGUAAAGUGCAGUUUAUUACUAGGUCCAGUUCUAACUAUUCUUUAUUGAUGAGUUUGUGCGAUCAGGGCUCUGGCGAUUUGGCCAUGACUUAUGUUGGUACUUGGAAGUACUUUAAGGCCAUUUUAACAGAGGUGGCCCAACCUUGUGAUGAUAUGUUAUUGUAUUGUAGUUUUGGUUCUCUGAUAGAAAAUUGUUCCAUGAUUUUUAAUACAGUUUUAACGGAUGAUGGCUUGUGCUGUACUUUUAAUGCUUUGGAUCCGAAAUAUCUUUUAAGGAAUUACAGCGAAGAUAAUCUUUUAAUGCCAGCCAUAGACAAUCAUUAUCAGCCCAUAGAUUGGACACCAGAAAGUGGAUAUCCUGAACAAUUACCACCACAUUAUUAUCCACGAGUUUCGGGAGGAACUGGAACACGUAUGGGAUUGACGGUCAUAUUAAAUGUGUCCUCAGAAGAGUAUUAUUGCAGCAAAAGCAAAUGUGUGGGAUUUAAGGUACUGGUACACAAUCCAGCCGAGUUACCUAAAAUAAGCAAUUACGGGUUUCUGAUGACCGCUGGCCGUGAGGCCCGUAUACCCAUAGAACCUAUCUAUCAAGAUGCAGUGCCCAGCAUAAGAUCCAUAAGAAAAGCUGUACGCAGAUGUUUAUUCUCGGAUGAAGGCGAUUUGGUAUACUAUCGAACUUAUUCACGCAAAAAUUGUGAACUUGAAUGUGAAGCUCGCAUACUAAUGCAAAAAUGUUCUUGUGUUCUCUACUAUUUGCCACGUUUUAAUCCGGAUGUUCCUAUUUGUGGUCCGAAUGAUAAUUUCUGUACCAAUCAAGUACAAUCGGAAAUUGAGUCAUCGAAUAAAAGUGUUUCGUGUGACAGUUGUCUGCCGGGAUGUUUUGAAUUAAACUAUCAGACUACAUUGACAGCAUCAUCAAUGAUCUUUGGAAAUUUUAGAACCUCUGAUGAUUUUCCUCCAGAAAUUUUUAAUGCUAGUGAUAAGAUAAGUGAUUUAUCAAUAAUGCAUUUCUAUUAUACUUCGAAUAUAUUUAGAAGCACUACGAAAUCGGAAAUGUUUGGUUUUACGGAAUUUUUGUCAAAUACUGGUGGCCUUUUGGGUUUAUUUAUGGGUUUUAGUAUUUUUUCCAUAAUAGAGAUUGUUUAUUAUAUAACAGUGCGGCCUUAUUGCGCAGCCAGAACUGUUGAAAUAGAAAAGAAGCGUAAACAGGAAGAGGUAAAGUGGAUAAUGAAAAACCCUUAUGGAAAUGAUGCCACAUCGUUUAAUAUCAAGAAAAAAUCUUGGUUUAAGAAAUCAAAGAAAUCCAAUCGAAAAUAUAAAAAUAAUUUACACCAUAUUUUUAUGAAACCCCCAAUUAUACAAAAUGAUGAUGUACAAGUAUAUCCGUAUGUUGAAUAA